UUUAAGUAUUACAUUGGAAAUUUGUUAAUGCAAGUCUUAAAUAUAUUGUUGUGCUAAUGUCAAUUGAUCAUUGAUUCCCUCAAUGUGAAAUUUUAGAAGCAAUCAAAAUUACCAAUACUUUCAUUAUUUAAAACAAAAGAAAGAAAGAAAAAAAAAAACAAUUUUUAUAUAUUUCACCAAACAACCUAAUAUUUGUAUAUCAUAUUUGUGAUCUAGACUUUUUCCAUUGGGCAUUACAUAUUUACUCCUUUCUUCUCUUCCAAUUAUAUUUUUGCAGAAAAGGUAAGAACAAGAGAAAGAACACGUAGAAGUCAUAUAUUGAUGAAAACAUUACAUUUCAACACCUUGCCUUGUCUUUUUUCCUCCUUUGUGUUUGUGUCCUUAAUGGAUUUAUUCCCCUUUAACAUUGUCACCUAAUAGAACCCUUUAUUUUCUGUAAUGGGAUAGCUGAGAUUUUCUGUCCUCAUUAAAUUUGGUGCAAACACAUGAAAUGGGGUCUCAUAACAAAGAAAAUGGCACUGAUAUUAUUGACUUAGAAAAUGGUGGUGAGGCUAUGACAUCCACAAGUGAAGAACAAAAACACGACCACAACUACAACCACGACCGAGAUUCAGAUUCAGAUUGCAAAAAUCAGAAGAAAAUGUUGAGUAAGUUGCGGAGUGGGAAUUUGGGCAAAUUUAGAACAAUAGGAAGAAGAGGAAGUACGGAUGGAUUGUUGCUAUUAGGCACAAGCAAGAACAAUGUGUGUUUGAGCUCCAUUGGUGGUGAUAAUGAUGAUGAUUUGGAUAUAUUGGUUAAUGGGGUUGAAGGAAAGGUAGGAGGAGGAGAUAAUUUUGUUGAUAAGAAAAAAGUGAAUAAGAAAUAUAGUAGUAAAAAAAAGUAUCCAAAACCUCCUAGGCCUCCUGGUGGUCCUUCAUUAGAUGAAGCUGAUUUGAAGUUGGUCAAGGAAAUUUGGGAACAUUCAAGGGCGAGGCGUAAUAGUAGAGAAAAAACCAAGGCUUUGAAGAAACUAAAAGCCAAUAAGACACCAUCUUCAAACGUUAAUGUCCUUGCAAUGAUCAUCACCAUCACUUUUUUCCUUGUCAUAAUCUUCCAAGGUAAGUGUUGUUAUUACAUAAUCUUACAAGAUAAUGCAUUUGAUUUACUUAAUUGAUUUAUAGUGUUGGUGUUACAUAAUCCACUUCAUGUCAUAAAAAAGGUAUUUCCCUAUAUGAAAAUUUUGAGUGGUUAGUUUGUGCUCAGAAUUUUACAGAACAAAAUUGGCUCAUUUCUUCUAAAUUUAUCACAGGUAUCUUAGGUUCUCGUACAUGAUGUAAAUGGUGUUUGAGGUAAGUGAUGUUGUGUGAGUUGAGUAUAUGAAUAUGUAAGAUGGACUCAUGGUUUUUGUUUGAAAGCUUAAUUGAAUUGUCAUGUAUGUAUGUAGGAGCUCCACACAAACAAAAAAAAGCAUACAUUAGAGAAGAGGGGUGGUGAUGUUUAAAUUGACCGAGAGAUGAAUCUCUCAUGAUUUGGGAUAUUGAUUCUUGAGGUAUGGUGCAUUCUUUACAUUCAAAUCUCAAAAUGGAUGACUCUGCUACUAUUAGUGUGGGCAUGCUUUUUAUUAUUCAGACUCAAGAACUUGAUCUCUAUCUUAUAGUUAUAGGUAGGUUACUACAAUGAUCGAGUAUAGGUACUGUAAAUAUAUAGUAAGUAGCCUUGGUCCUGGAAGCAAUCCCAUCUUACUCAUUAGGCUUCAUCACCAUCACCAAAAUUAGUGGGGCUUUUGGUUGUUUUAAACUAUUCUACUCUACCAAAUGUAUCAAUGACAAGACAAUAUACCAUAAUGUUUAACUAUGUAUUUGAUAUCAUCCUAAAUAAUAAGUUACUAUUCACAAGUCUUAGAAGCAAUUUUUCAGAUAAUGCAUGCAAAUUUCUUUCCUGGCUUUACAUAUUGUUUUGAGUUGAUCUACAAGGUGCUGUUGCUUAUUAAACAAAAAGAAGCAUAAAACAAAGAAGCGUUGAGCAUAGAGACGAGACAAAGAUCUAUAUGAUUGGAUUGUAACUAUGAACCUGAUAUCAAAACAUCCCAAUGGAAACACCACCGAGCUUGACUCGGUAUACUUAUGCAGUUAAAUACAAAAUCUCAUUGAUGAAAUUUGAAAUGAAGGUAAAGACAUAAAUAGUGAGAAACCAAGACUCUAAACUAGAAUAGGAAA